UGGAUGGCACGUGGUUUAGUCCUGAUGACUCAAUAUUAAUGAAUUUCCUCUCUCAUUUAUUCCCAUAUCUACAAAUAUGCCUGUCGAUAUGUAUUUAAAUAUAUAGUCUAUAUAUCCAGAUGAUGUAGCUCUAUUGUUAGAUUGUAUUACAAUUAUCUUUAUAGGGAAGAGAAAAUGUCACGUAAAAUUCCACUGAUGAUUCCAAAUGUUGUUGUUAACUAGAUGAUUGAAAAUGGUAGUGAUAAUUGUGUUCAAAUUCCUCCGCGUAUGCAUCAUAAAAUAUGGUGUAAAACUUGAGACUGCAUUAAGGAGAGUUGGUCUCGUCCACACACACACAUACACACAAGCACACGAGAGGGGGGUUGGAGGAAACAACAGAAGGGUUGUAUGUGAGCUCAGGUUGAAUGAGUGAGUCGAGUGAGUCGAGUGAAGUCUGAAGCACGCAGAGCGAACGGCAAGGACCUGUUGGGGAUAUAGUUAACGUUCGUCACAAACAAAAGCCGUCUUCAAAAGUCUGGGAAGUUACUGGACCUUACAUGAAGGCUUGACAUGCCAAGAGACCUUUUUAUAUUUCCUAACUGCUAUAGGACACGACCGGAGUGAGCCAUUCGUGGAUGUCAUUUCUUAUUGGAAACUUCGCUUGGAUUUGUAUUAACCAAUUCACUCCAGAAUCGCCACCUCGACUGAAAGUGGGGAAAUUGACCCGACUGAUUUACGGACGGUGAGGAGAUGUGUGUGGCCUUAUGAGUGGCAGCCAUGGGACAGCAGAGGCUUCAUAUCCUCCUGUUGACUGCAGCAGCAUUCACACUUUGGCCCCUCUAUCUGGCCGGUGGUGCUGAGCCUUCAGUACGUGCUAAAGAGGGUAGCGCAGCGGUGCUGGGGUGCAGUCUGGCACCCGUGGAUGUUGGUGCUGCCAGCCCUCGGCACGUGGUGGAGUGGGUGCGCCAGGGCUUCGACAUCCCCAUCCUCAUCAAGUUUGGUACCUACGCCCCCAGAGUGCACCCCGACUAUGAAGGCCGAGUGUCUCUGACGGGGAACAGCGCACUGAGUGUUGGGGCGCUGCGUCUGGAGGACCAGGGCCGAUAUGAGUGCCGCAUUCUCCCUCUGGAGCAGACGGACAAGGAGACACGCAACGGCAGUUGGACGCUCCUCUCCGUCUAUGCGCCCCCUAUCUUCACUGAGACUUCGCCCCCUGUUGUGGAGGCCCUGUUGGGGAGGCCAAUCACGCUCAGGUGUGUCGUCCGUGGCAACCCGCCACCCCGGGUCACAUGGGCUAAAAAUGGCGUCCUUCUCAAGCAGAACAACACUGAGGUGCGCAAUGGGACUGUGUCUUUCCGGUCAGUAACCACAGAGGCAGCUGGUGAGUACAAAUGCCAGGCCUCCAACUCCGAGGGCAACGUGAGUCUUGUGAUUCAGCUCAAAGUCAAAGGUCCCCCUGUUAUCCGAAUCCCACCUAAGGAUUUGGUCCUCAACAUCUCCCAGAAGGCCCAGCUACAGUGCCAAGCAGAGGCCGACCCCCCCAACAUGACGUACGUGUGGCAGAGGCAGGGGGAGAACGUCCAUCACAUCCAGUCUCUGAAGUCCCGUGUGAAGGUGCUGGUCGAUGGAACAUUGCUCAUUAGUCGCGUCACCCCAGAGGAUUCUGGGAACUACACCUGCACACCCACCAAUGGGCUGCUGACUCCGCCCUCCGCCUCUGCCUACCUGAUCGUCAGACACCCCGCUCAGGUGCUCCAGAUGCCCCAGGAGACCUACCUGCCCACUGGCAUGGGGGGCGCCAUACCCUGCCCCAUCCGUGCAGAACCGCCCCUGCUCCGCGUCGACUGGACCAAAGAUGGGAAGCCUCUGGACUUGGACACACAGUAUCCUGGGUGGACGCUGUCAGCCCAGGGCUCCGUGGUCGUGGCAACGGCCAAUGAUGACGCAGCAGGUGUUUACACCUGCACUCCGUACAACAGUUAUGGAACAAUGGGCCAAUCAGAGACCACCAGGGUGAUUCUGCAGGACCCCCCCUCCUUCAAAGUGCCCCCCCGUAAGGAGUACCGCCAGGACGUGGGGCGCAUGCUAGUGAUCCCCUGUCAGGCCGCCGGAGAUCCAGCUCCCCAAGUCACCUGGAGAAAGGUGGGGCGCUCUCCUAGUUCUUCCUUCACCGUGGCAGCCAACGGCUCCUUGGUGCUGCACCCGCUAAGCAAAGACCACCAGGGGGCGUGGGAGUGCUCCUCCUCCAACAGGGUGGCCACUGUGAACACUAGCACCACCGUGCUGGUCCUAGGCACGAGUCCCCACGCUGUGCCCCUGCUGUCCGUCUCGGCUGCGCUCACCUCUGCCAAUGUGUCGUGGGAGCCGGGUUUUGAUGGCGGAUACACACAGAAGUUCACCAUCUGGCUGAAGCGUGUGGCAUCUGAGGCAGACGGGGAGAAACAGGAGUGGGCAUCUGUGCCUGUGCCACCCUCCGCGGGCACCACUCUCCUGGUCACAGGCCUCCUGCCCAGUACAGACUACCAGUUUAGUGUCCUGCCACAGAACAAGAUGGGAACCGGACCCUUCAGCGACAUCACCAGCGCCAGAACCCUAGACCCGAAGCCAGUUGUGAUGAAACUGGCUCCACCGACAUUUCUCUCAGCCAAUGUGACAACAGGGGGCGUGGUCAUGCGCUGGCUGGCCCCCCAUAACCAGAGCCCCCCCAUUCAGGGUUUUGUGCUUCAGUCUCGUCUGCAGGGGGGGAGGUGGUCUAACCUGGCCGAGGGCAUCAGUGCCAACCACACCCAAAUGUUGGUUCAGGGGCUACGCAAGGACAGUGUUUAUGAACUGCGGCUGCUGUCUCAGCGAGGAGACGAGCAGAGUCGCCCCAGUGCCUCCAUCAACAUCUCCACCGCGGGGUUGGAGGCGUCCGUGUCCCCGGCCAGUCGCGGCAUGCUGCAGCUGGUCCCUGAGCCUCUGUUAGCCGGCGUGAUGGGAGGGCUGGGCCUGCUGUGUGUGGCUCUGCUGCUCAUCAUCGGGGUGGCGUGUGUGUUCCGCCGUCGCAGUGCCAAACGCAAGAGGAGGGAUGAUCUCACUCCUGCCCUCCUGACCAGUCCAUGUGGAACAGCAAGUGCGGCUGGUGGGAGUCCAGACAGUGUGCUGAAACACAAACUUCUUCCUCCCAGCUCCCUCUCCUCCACAUCCUCCUCCUCCGCCUCCUCCCCCUCCGACCCGUCCUCCUUUGAGCAGUCCGGCCAGGGUGAGUACCAGCAGCGGGGGCAGCCCCUGCCCCGACACCACCCCGUCUCCUUCCCCGAGAGCACCCUCAGCAGGGGCAGAGAUGGGGGCGGAGGCCCGCUCUCGGCCCUCUCUGCCCUGGAGCUCAUCUCCCGUGGCCCAGACGGCCGCUUCUCUCUAGAGACGUACGCAGAGAUCCCCCUCUCCCACACCCACACCCCCGUCAGGAGGAACCUGCAUACCGACUUCUCCGGGCUGUCCGCGGGCCGGGGGGGCAUCCACAAGUCCCACUCGCUGCGCUCCUACCGCGAGGAUCGCAUUAACAGAGACGCUCCGUUCGUUGUGUCUGUUGACCUGCCUCCCCCUGAGGGCACCGCGCGAGUCAUGGCCAAGCACCUGUCCCUGCAGGGCCACUACCUCCUGGGAGCCCAGGACCUUUCACCCUCUGCCAGGGGGCUUCCAGAAUGUUCCAGCCUGCUCUCCGAAGGCAGCGGGUUGGACGCGUAUUCUAACCCCGAGCCCGAGAUGCAGCAGGGUAGCUUUGGGUACGGGUCGGUGAAGCGCAACAGUGGCGCCGACAACAGGCCCAUGGCCGCGAGCCUGCUGGUGCUUCAGAUGGAGCACGAGAGAGAGAGGGGAAACCUGAGCAGGUGUCUGACGCUGGCGCGCGAGAGGGAGGCCCUGGAGAGGGAGCUGAGGAAAUACUCCAAAGAAGAGCAGGAGGAUGACGUGGACCAGGAGCCUGAGCUCGUGUGGAAGACACGCGAGGGAGCCUCGCCGCGCGAUAGCCUCCACGCCAGCAGGGGGUGCUCCUCGCUGGAAAACUCUGGGCGAGGCAACACGCGGCCCUCCUCCUGCGUGCUGUGGGAGGCCAGCCCUCUCUCCUCUCCUACCCGCCUGGUUCCGGUCCAAAAGCAUCCUCCUCCUCAGCAAGCGGAUGGGGAUUGGACUGGGCGAGAGGGGGGGCAAGCCAAGCACUCACUCCUCACUGCAGGAGCUGAUCUGACUCUACGCAAGCAGAGGAGCUUUCGCCAGGAGCCGGAGCUGCGGCGUGUGUGUGUUUCACCUGAGAGGCUUUCAGUGGCAGGGUCACUGAGGCAGGACUAUCAGGAAGCCAUCAGUGCCGAGAGCUAUACGGGCACUCACAGAAGGGCAGAUGAUUUCCCCGGUAAUCCAGACGAGUGCACUUUUGUAGAGAUGAGUGUAGAUGGCCCAGAGAUAGGGGAGCAAUAUCACACGGCCUCAUCUGCUAGGUGUGUGGCACAGUCGGACCAGCACGGAGGCAGACACACACACACACAGAGAGGCAGUGGCCAGACCAGCAGGACUCUGUCCCACCUGGACGUGCUUCGACCCGACCUGAGGAAGACCGGCAGCCUGGGGUCACGGCGCUGGAACGGCUUCAAGAGCACCCAGAGCUUAGACUACCGCAAGAGGGGGGAGUUCCUCACGCCUGAUGCCUGGGUUCACUCCAUCAGCCUGGACAGAGCCAGCUCCGCGUCCCCUUUCCCUUUCCCACACCAGCACGAGGAUGAGGACCUCAGUGGAGAGCCCUACAGGGGGACCCCAAAUCCCCACUUAAGGGGUACCCCAAACCCUCCAUCCAGGGGCACCCCAAACCCUCCAGUUUCUCAGUCAAGUGAUUCUCGGCGUUCUGUGAGAUCCCUUCCAUCAGAUAGGUCCCCCCAGCCUUUCCCAGUGCAGCCCUGUGGGCCUCGUGGAGGUGAAACUCCUGACCCCCGUCGCCAAGCCUCCACAUUUCCCCAGGAGUCUAUGGGAGACCCAGAUCUCCCAAACACAACACAGAGAGGCAGCCCUCCCCACGAGAGAAGGUACCCCACACCUGACAGUGGAAACACUCCACUCAACAGAGAGCACCCCCCACCUGAAAGUGGUAACUCCCCACUUGAUAGAGGGCAUUGCCCACCUGACAGAAGGAUCCCUCCAAACGACAAAGGGCACCCUUCAGCUAAUAGAGGGCACCCCCGACCUGACGUAGUGCACCCCCCUCCCGACAGCUGUGGGGGGGCGUACGGCUGGCUGCCUGCCCACUGGGCCUCCAUUCCUGGCAGAGAGGAGGAGAGGGGCAGGGGGCCAGAGGAGAAGGAGGCGGAGAGCCAGGAGGUUGACGCUGAGAUCAGAGCCUACCGCAGCACUGCCGAGUCAGAGGGCAAUUACCGUAGUUACGCCAGCCAGAGUAGCGGCCGCGGCAGCAUGGAGCCGCCCAGCAGCCUGAGCCCCCCCCUCAUCAGCUCCCCCGAGACCACAGAGGAGAGCGAGCAUGAGGAGCAGGUCCAGUGGGAAGGGCUGAAGAGGAGAAGGACAAGCUCGGUGGACGAGAACUAUGAGUGGGACACACAUUAUGUCCCCAUGAAGCCUGUGUAUGUGAAGUCACCACAGUCACAGCGCAGCCUGGAGGGGGAGAACAGGGGUCACUCCUGCAGGACCGCCGAGGAGAUGACCAGCAUAGGAGGAGAGGGCAUGUUCCCUUCCGUCAGGAUGCUGAAAUCAGGUGGGAGUUUCUCUUCCACUGGUCUCCCCCACCACCAUGGCGCUGAGCCUGAGACCGUGCUGUUCUGACAGCUCCACACCUCAUCUCCUCUCCUCUCCUCUCAGCUCCACUCAGCAGAUCCAGACAUCUCUCUCCUCUCAUCUCCUCCCAUCUCUUCUCCUCUUUCCUCUC